AUGCCAUUCCUGGAAGACAGCUUGAGAAAUAAAAGCCACCUCCCUUGGGAAGUUUCAGUGCAAGAUAAAUUUAUCGGAAAAGAGCCAGUGAAUAUUAUCGUUGAGGCUGGUACAAAGUAA